UCACUACUUCUUUUUUAUUUUUUAGAUUCCACAUGUAAGUGAUAUCAUACAGUAUUUGUCUUUCUUUGACUUAUUUCACUUAGCAUAAUACCCUUCAAGUCCAUCCAUGUUGCUGCAAAUGGCAAAACUUCAUUUUUUUUAUGGCUGAGUAGUAUUCCAUUGUAUAUAUAUAUAUACCACAUCUUCUUUAUCCAUUCAUCUGUUGAUGGACACUUAGGUUGCUUCAAUAUCUUGGCUAUUGUAAAUAAUGCUGCUGUAACAUUAGGUUGCAUCUAUCUCUUCUUUUGUAAUAAAUAAAUAAAUAAAUAAAUUUAUUUAUUUACUUAUGGCUGCGUUCGGUCUUCGUUGCUGUGCUCAGGCUUUCUCUAGUUGCGGCAAGUGGGGGCUACUCUUCAUUGCGGUGCGCGUGCUUCUCAUUGCAGUGGCUUCUCGUUACAGAGCACGGGCUUUAGGCACGCGGGCUUCAGUAGCUUGGCACGUGGGCUCAGUAGUUGUGGCUUGCGGGCUCUAGAGCGCAGUAGUUGUGGCACAUGGGCUUAGUUGCUCCAUGGCACGUGGGAUCUUCCCUGACCAGGGAUCGAACACGUGUCCUCUGCAUUGGCAGGUGGAUUGUUAACCACUGCACCACCAGGGAAGUCCCUGCAUCUAUCUUUUCGAAUUUGUGUUUUCGUUUUCUUUGGAUAGUAUAUACAUACGUUUAAAAUACAUACAAAUACACAAAAUAUAUAUUUAGAAUAUACAUACAAAAUACAUACAUUUAAAAAAUGUAAUUACAUGUAUUGUUUUCACAAAGGUAGUAUGUGCUCACAAGAAAUGUAUACAAUACAGAAGUGUUCAAAGUGGAUGUCCCAUGGGUAUAGGCCCCAUCCCACUUCCCCAAAGGGAGUUGGUGUUUGGUGUCUUGACCUCCAUGCUCUUUUCUCUGUGGGUGUUCAGGGGGGCUCUGCAUAUGCAACAGGGGCCUGUGGCCAGUGUUACUAAUUAAUCCAGGUACUCCUGCAUCUGAGACUGGACAGAAACUCACAGCCCUUCUUAGCAAGUGCUCUGGACAGUUGGAGCUGGAACACAAGAUCACAUCGAUUCGCCACUCCUGUAACUUUGUCUUUCCAUUACUCAGUAUAUAUAUUAUAUCCUUCAAAUGAGUAAGUAGGUAGUAGGCAUCUGAGUCCCUGAAAGUCUAAAAAAAAGUCUUUCUUUCUCCCUGACUUCCAUCUCUAUCUUGACACAUGAAUGAUCAUUCAUAUAGGAAAAACUCAGCUCAAUAUUAUAUCUGUGUCAAAAUAUUUUCCCUCAAAAUCUGUAGAUGUUUCUUCAGUUUUCUCAGAGCUGGAGAGCUGGAGAAAACUCUGAUGGCAAACUUUUUAUUAGUACCUUGUUCUUCUGUUUGGCUGUUUGCCAUCCAUUUGUUUUCAGAUGUUCCUGGCUGAGCCUCCAAAGGCUAUUUUGGAUUGGAAGGCAGUGUCAGAGCGGGGGGACUUGACAUGGCCUCUGGCCUCUCUUGUUCUCUCUUUGCCUCAUUGUUUUCUUAGCCCUAUGACAUGAUUUCAUGAUUGGUCUGUUCAAAACCCCUCUCCUCCUGUUUUCUUUACUUGGAUCUCCAUUUCUGUUACCUGUUUCUUCUCCCCACCCCCAGUGAUAAUUAUCCAAAUGUGUUGAAUGUGUCUUUUUAAAAAUGUGUUUUUGUAAAAUGUGUGUUGUUUUGUGUGCAUAUGUGAAUUUUCAUAAAUGGUGUGGCAUGCCCCCUUAUGAUCCGCAGGGAUACUUUCUUUGAGAUAUAAAUAUACUCAGGAGUAGAACUGCUGGGUCAUGUGUACACUUACUUUGCCUAAUUUGCUCCCUAGAUGGCUGCCCCAGUCUACACGCCCUGGCAGUGCAUAAGGCUAUAGCCCCAGAGCCCCGCCAACACACGGCAUUAUCCACCUUCCAAACUAUGCCAAUCUAACAGAUGUCAAGUGGUGUUUCAUUUUGUUUUAAUUUUCAUUCUUGUUAUUUCCAAAGAGUUUAUUUUCAUAUUCUUGCUAGCCUAUUGGGUUUCCUAUUUUGUAAACUGCCUGUUUAUAUCCUUUACACAUUUAUUAGGAUUCUAGUCUUUUUCUUCUUAAUUUGCGAGAAUUCUUUGUAUAUUCUAGAUAUCAGUUUCUUCUCGGAGAACGGGAGUCCCCUGCAGGAGUCCCACAGCCCAUCAGUGGCUCAGUCCUCCUCACUCCCAGGUCAGUGCUCUUCCCCACACAUGAUGAGUUUUCAUAAAGAUUUGAGUGACUCCCACUUCUAUGGUCUCUGCUUCUCCAGGCCCCACCUGUUCCAGCUGUUUGGUCCUGUAACGUUGGGCCUGAGGAGAGCUGGGUUUGGGCAGGGAGGGGAGAGUAAGCUGGGGUGGGAUAUCCAGUCAUGCUCUCUGCUUUGUCUCCAGCAGGCUUUGGGGCUUUGCAAAGAGCCAGAACCUAGGAGGCCAGGAGAGCACCUGGGGGCGAAGGGGCCUAAGGACUUUAUUGUCAGAAACAUAUCCCAACCAGAAGCAGUGGCAUGGGCUACAAUGAGGAGCUUACUGGAGCCCCACCUGUCACCGAGGUGCCUCAGGAGCUGCUGGAAGAAAUGCUUUGGUUUUUUCGCGUAGAAGAUGCAACUCCUUGGAAUAGUUCCAUGUUUGCCCUGGUGGCGGUGGUGGUCGUGAUAAGCAUUGUCUUCUUGGGAAGGAACAUCCAGGCAAACAGAAAUCAAAAGAGGCUGCCACCGGAAAAACAAACUCCAGAAGUCCUGUACUUGGACGAGGCCAGAAACAAAGAUGACAACAACCUGACCAUCCUAAGAGAGACUUUGCUCUCAGAAAAGCCAAAGUUGGCCCAGGUGGAAAUGGAUGUAAAAGACAGUGAUGUGCCACCAGUCAUUCUUCCAGACCCAUGAGCAUCUGAGAGCU